AUGGACUACUCUGCCAUCUCCAACGAUCCAGAAAACCACACAGGCGCCUCGCCUUGGGGCUCUCCGCGCGCCGACCGAACCUCUUUCCCCACCUCCGGCAACGGCGACAUCCCGUCAUCCCCGUUACCCGGCCAGGACCACUCGUCGGCGGCCGCGGACAGAGACGACGAUGCUAUAGCUCAGGCAGCCGACCUCUCAGCGCAGCUGCAGAGUGCUCAAUUGGGUGACCCAGACUACGGCGAGCACCCGUCCCCGUUUGCUGCGCAUCAAUCGCCAGCCGCCGACCAGCAGCAACAGCAAGUCCCCGCACGCCACCAGACUGGAAUGAGACAGGCAUCUCGGCCACCGGCGCCUGCCUAUAAGAUCCAGGCCAAGAUCACUGCUCUUGAGAGGACUGGGAAGAAGGAUCCUAUCCUUCGCUUUGACGUUCACACUAAUAUCCCCAAAUUCCGUACCACUCAAUAUCGCGACGUUCGCCGUACUCACUCUGAGUUUGUUAAGCUCGCCGACCAUUUGAUCUCGGCCAACCCGGAAGCUCUAGUCCCCGCAGUUCCACCGCCAGUUACUCCUGCUGGUGCUGGAACCGAUGAAGAUGAAAUUCGCGUCAAGGCUUCGAUGCAACGCUGGCUUAACACUGUUCUGAGCAACGAGGUUCUUAUUCAAGAUGAUGAGGUCAUGCUGUUCGUGGAAAGCGAUUUCGGCUACAGCCCCGUCCUUCGUAUGAAGCAGCCUGCUACGGGAGUGCGACGCAAGAUGUUGAAGCAGUUCGCGCCGCCACCUGAUGACACCCCUGAACUCCAGGCGGCCCGCCCGGCUGUGAAGAUGUUCUACCUGGGAGCAAUGGAUACUAGCCACAAGGUUGACCGCGUUGUCAAGUCUCGCAGAGGUGUGGGAUUGGCCGAGUCUGAUUUCGGUGUCAAACUUGGUCAGAUGGCCGUGCAAGAAACUCAUCCUGGUUUGGGCAUGGCUUAUCGCAAGCUCGGCAAAAUCAUUCAAACUGUGGGUGAUUAUCACGCUAUUCAAGCUACCGCGGAGGCCACUACUCUGGGCGAACCCUUGAGUUAUCAUUCAUCCGACGCGUUCAUUGUCAAGGAAACCCUGACCAACCGACAUAUCUUGCUGCGAGAACUCAUCCAGGCUCAACAGAGUGCUCGAAGCAAACAAGCCGCAGCAGAGCGAUUGAAAGUUAGCUCUUCUGUCCGCCCGGACAAAGUGGAUGAGGCGAUCAAUUCUCUGGAAGAGGCAAAGAACCACGAGGACUACCUGACAAAGCGUACUCAGCGUGUGACGACGAAUUUGCUUCAGGAGAAGCGCAAGUGGUUCGAUCGGACGACGAACGACCUCCUUUUCAGCCUGCGCGAGUAUACCUUGCGUCAAAUUGAAGCAGAGCGGCGAACCUUGGCAACCCUGGAGAGUGUCCGACCCGAUAUUCGUAGCAUCGACGCUUCUGGUGGCCUGAGCCGACUGGGUCGCGAAGCCCACCCUGCGGUCCGACGGUCGAACAUGGCUUCUAGCCAGGGCCCCAAGGGCGAUGCCUGGAGUGGUAUUCCCCGUCGUUCUGACAAUUUGGGUCGCAGCAUGAGCGGGAGCUUUACCGCUCCCGGCCUCAAUGAAGACGAGGGCGAGGAGGACAGCCAGGCAGAGUCUGGCCAGGGCCGCGCGCGUGCCACCAGCCAGGUUGGGUCGAUUGCAGAGGAAGACGAUGACCGACUGGAUGCGCGCAACGCGGCCAGCCGGUUGGCUGCUAGCACAUUUUGA